AAGAAUCCUCUUUUUUAUUUGUCUUUCUUAUACCGUAAGUACAACAUUAUCAUCAUGGAAUUUUCUUUUCUUUUUAGUUUAAUGUGGGUGUCCGGACCAGCUUGCGCGCACCUCGACUAAUUCCACGGGUCCUGAAGUUAACGAUCAUGUAAGCCUCCAGUGGCCAUCAUAUGAGCAACCACAUGGCUCGAACCUGAGACCACAGAAAAAACAAAUCUCUUGGUCCCAAGUUUUUACCAGUAGGUCAUCGUCUAGAUGGUUACCUGAAAUUUUCUUAAGGCAAUUGUUGGUGGUAGGAGGGUUAUAAUUGGCAUCAUAAGUUUGUCGUAUAGUUCCUGAUCGUUGCCACCCAGCAAGAUGUAGACCGUAUGAUGAAUUGACUUUUGUAGUUAGAAAUGAAGGAGGAUGAAUGAUCAAUGGCCGUAGUCAUCUGGUAUUUGUGCUAGAAAACAGAAACUAUCGUAAACUUUGUGAAAAGGUUUGGGGACCCUUCGGACACACCUUCUAAAGAUGCCUUCAAAAUAAUGCAGAUCAAAAAGAAACAAUGGAGCAAAAGUGAAAAUAAUGUGGGUGUGGGGAGGGAGAUGGAGAGGUUUCCCCUCUGUUAGGGUCCAGGAAUCUAGAGCAAGAAAAGCAAAUAAGAUAAUGUGGGCGCCGGGAGGGAGAUGGAGAAGUGGGCUUGCACCUUCUUGAGAAAGAAUUCAGGUAGAUUAAACCUACAGAAGAACCCUCAUGACUAAAACUCAGCAAUAUUUAAAGAAGAAAUAUAAGAUACUGUGUGGAUUUAGUAUUAUGCAAAAAGCAGGCUCACUGAUGCGUAAAGGGAGAAUCAAUCUGCUUUACCUGGGAAAAGCAGAAUUUAUCAAAUUGCUUGCCUUUUAGGCUGAAAGACCAGAUAGACUAGACAAUCUCCAUAGUUGUAAUGGACCUGCCUGAUACCUUGAAAAAGGAGAGAUCCUAUUGGAAGGAAGGAAGGAAGGAAGGAUUGCCUCUAGAAAAACCUUCAAUGAGUUUCAAGAAUGAAGUGAUCACACAGAAAUCAGAAUUCAUUAGCCCUUCUUCCCCUCGUCUAAGCUUUUAUCUUUAUCAACCCUACACUAUAAUUGCCAAAGAAAACCAACACCCAGGAAUUCAUCCCCCAUCGAAGAGAAUCAUCACAACCACACACAUAAACUUACAAAUGUUCAACGUGCCCACCAGAAUCUGCCUCUAUCAAAGAUACAUGUACGUAUAUGACAUAGGGGGGCCACCUCAUUACCACCAAAACAACAUUUAGCUCUCUUUCCUACAUAUGUUUCUGUCUUCAUACUCCAAAAUGAGCACCGCAUCUCCACCCACCUCCCCACCCUUCUCUCCACCUAUCUUCCAUUCCCUCUCCUACCAUUCAUUUCUUUCUUCUCCUUUAAUCCAGCUCUUUCACCACCCACCACCUCUAUUCCUUUCAUUUUAGCUAUCAAAUAAUUGUCCAAGUAGAUUUCACAAACCCCUUCAACCCUCCACCUCAAACUACCAUCACACCAUGGCCAAACUAGUAGUAGAAGUUCAUGAUGCAUGUGACCUUAUGCCCAAAGAUGGCCACGGUUCAGCUAGUCCUUUUGUGGAAGUACACUUUGAUGAACAAAGACAAAGGACUCAAACCAAGCCUAGAGAACUUAACCCUAUUUGGAAUGAGAAGUUUUCUUUCAAUGUAAACAAUCCUAGAGAUCUUCCCAGCAAGACCAUUGAAGUUGUUGUGUACAAUGAUCGAAAAGGCGGUCACCACAAGAACUUUCUUGGCCAUGUUAGAAUCUCUGGAAAUUCUGUGCCUUUAUUAUCCGACUCCGAGGCCAUUGAUCUUCAGAGAUACCCUCUUGAGAAACGUGGCCUUUUCUCGCAUAUCAAAGGUGAUAUAGCACUCAAGAUUUAUGCAGUCCAUGAUGGUAACCACUAUCCUCCUCCCCCAACAAAUGCUGGCAAUUUUGAAACUGAAGCAACUCCAGCAUUCCAAGAAAUCAACACCAACAAGCUUCAAGCAGAAGAUGCCAUUGGUGAUCAUGAGAAGAAGAAUAAGAAGAAAAGGAAGGAUAAAGAAGUUAGGACUUUUCAUUCUAUAGGGACUGCAACUGGAGGUCCUGCCGCUGCCGCUCCACCUCUUGUAUCUUCCGGGUUCGGGUUUGAGACUCAUGUUAUGAAAGAAAAGGCUCCUACAGUUGAGACAAGAACUGAUUUUGCUCGAGCUGGGCCACCUACUGCAAUGCAUAUGCAUAUGCCAAAGCAGAAUCCGGAAUUCUUGUUGGUAGAGACCAGUCCACCGGUUGCUGCCCGUAUGCGAUACAGAGGAGGGGACAAGAUGGCAUGUGCUUAUGAUUUGGUGGAGCAGAUGCGUUACUUGUAUGUGAGUGUGGUUAAGGCCAAAGAUCUUCCUGCUAUGGAUGUUUCUGGGAGUCUUGAUCCAUAUGUUGAAGUCAAGCUUGGGAACUAUAAAGGCAAGACUAAAUACUUGGAGAAGAACCAAAGCCCGGUUUGGAAGCAAAAUUUUGCAUUCUCAAAGGAUAGAUUGCAGUCCAAUUUACUUGAAGUUACGGUGAAGGAUAAGGAUUUUGUCACCAAGGAUGAUUUUGUGGGCAGAGUGUUUUUUGAUUUAUCUGAAGUCCCUCUUCGCGUGCCCCCAGAUAGUCCAUUGGCUCCUCAGUGGUACAGAUUGGAGGACAAGAGGCGGAUAAAGACAAGAGGAGAGAUUAUGCUUGCAGUUUGGAUGGGAACACAGGCUGAUGAGUCAUUUCCUGAAGCAUGGCAUAGUGAUGCUCAUGACAUUAGUCAUACAAACCUUGCCAACACACGAUCGAAGGUAUACUUUUCGCCGAAGCUGUAUUACCUUAGAGUUCAAAUCAUCGAAGCUCAAGAUCUUAUCCCCUCCGAUAAGGGUCGCAUGCUGGAAGUGUCCGUAAAAGUUCAACUUGGUAAUCAGGGAAGGGUCACUAGGUCUUUGCAGACGCGAACCAUCAAUCCAAUUUGGAAUGAUGAGCUUAUGUUUGUUGCAUCUGAGCCUUUUGAGGAUUUCAUAAUUGUGUCUGUUGAGGACAGGAUAGGACCAGGCAAGGAUGAGAUACUUGGAAGGGUGAUUUUAUCAGUUAGGGAUAUCCCAGAAAGACUUGAGACUCACAAGUUCCCGGAUCCUCGCUGGUUUAAUCUCUUCAAGCCUUCAUUGGCACAAGAGGAAGGUGAGAAGAAGAAAGAGAAAUUCUCAAGCAAGAUCCUGCUCCGUCUCUGUCUAGAUGCAGGGUAUCAUGUUCUUGACGAGGCUACACAUUUUAGCAGUGAUCUACAACCAUCAUCCAAGCACCUUAGGAAGCCAAGUAUUGGUAUCCUUGAACUUGGGAUUCUCAGUGCACGAAAUUUGCUACCAAUGAAGGGGAAGGAUGGUAGGACCACUGAUGCAUAUUGUGCGGCGAAGUAUGGCAACAAAUGGGUUCGAACCAGAACAAUUCUCAAUACUCUGAAUCCUCGUUGGAAUGAACAGUAUACUUGGGAAGUUUAUGAUCCUUGCACUGUGAUCACCCUUGGUGUCUUUGACAAUUGCCAUAUUAAUGGAAGCAAAGAUGAUUCAAGAGAUCAGAGAAUUGGGAAGGUAAGGAUUCGGCUAUCAACAUUGGAAACCCAUCGAAUAUAUACACAUUACUACCCGUUGCUAGUUCUUACCCCCUCUGGAUUAAGGAAGCAUGGGGAACUUCACUUGGCAUUGAGGUUUACAUGCACAGCUUGGGUUAAUAUGGUGACUCAAUAUGGCAAGCCAUUGCUUCCCAAAAUGCAUUAUGUCCAACCAAUUUCUGUUAAGCACAUUGAUUGGCUUCGCCACCAGGCAAUGCAGAUAGUGGCAGCAAGGCUAUCAAGAGCUGAGCCACCUCUUAGGCGUGAGGUUGUGGAGUACAUGGUGGAUGUGGAUUACCAUAUGUGGAGCUUGAGGAGAAGCAAAGCUAAUUUUCUUCGCAUAAUGUCGCUGCUUUCAGGGAUCACCGCUGCCUGUAAAUGGUACAAUGACAUUUGCAACUGGAGAAAUCCAAUAACAACAUGUCUCGUGCACGUUCUGUUAUUUAUUCUGGUUUGUUAUCCAGAGUUGAUACUGCCCACAAUUUUCCUCUAUCUGUUUGUGAUUGGGUUAUGGAAUUAUCGGUUCAGGCCAAGGCACCCACCACACAUGGAUACUAGGCUUUCACAGGCAGACAAUGCGCAUCCAGAUGAACUUGAUGAGGAAUUUGAUUCAUUCCCAGCAUCCCGGCCAUCAGAUAUUGUGAGGAUGAGAUAUGAUAGGCUGAGAAGUGUUGCCGGUAGGGUGCAGACAGUGGUUGGAGAUUUGGCAAGCCAGGGGGAAAGAGCUCAGGCACUACUCAGUUGGAGGGACCCAAGGGCGACGGCAAUCUUUAUCCUCUUUUCAUUAAUCUGGGCUGUGUUUAUUUAUGUCACUCCAUUCCAGGUAGUGGCAGUGCUGGUUGGACUCUACUUGCUUCGACAUCCCAGGUUCAGGAGCAAGAUGCCCGCUGUGCCUGUCAACUUCUUCAAGAGAUUACCGUCCAAAACAGAUAUAUUACUAUGAUGAAUUGGAAGCUAUUAUAACUUAAAACACCUUAUUUGCUUGAUUCUGCUCGAGGAAAGAUGAUCCAGUAAAUAAUUCCAUCAAUGUCAUGACAGCAGGAAAGCACCUAGGUUCUUUCUCCCCUGACAACCCACUCCGCAAAAGAAUCUUACUUUUGCUGAAUAUGCAUAUCCCACAUUUCUUCAGUCCCAUGCACGGAACCCCACUAUUAUUUUUUUCUCUUUAUUCCAUAUUCUGUACUAUUAAUAAGCAAUCAUAUUUUGUAUUUCAUGAAUCA